ACCCCGCACCCGCACCGGUCCUCCCAGCAGCUCGCCCUUUGCAGUAACAUUGCUAUAGUACAUCCUGCUGCUGUCACACCGCACCGGCCAGAGAACGUGGUCUCCCAGCUGCGGCUCUGUCACUGAUCAGAUGGUGUCAUCAGGGGAGAGAUGAGAACUCUGACAGACAGUAGGGAUGGCCAUCAAAUGGUUCACUAUUUGUGACAUGGACCCAGGGGCUUAUGGGAAAGGUCCUCUCCACGAAGGGAAACGACGCUACCAUGGUCCUAUCUGUCCUUUCCAACGGUGGCAGGAAAAUCAUCGUCGGGUGUCACUAGUGGGCCCCCAUGGAUCCAGAGAUCUCCAUCUUGUACUGCAGUCCUUGUCCUCAGGGCAUUCCCCAACGUAGAGUCCGUGUCCAGCUUUCCCCAAUGUAUCAGAGACGGAGUCUGCCUCCUCCACUGGAAGAGCAAAUCCUCCUGGACUGGGAAGAACGUCAGCGCAAGCAACCAUGGGUAUUUAAUGGGGCAAAGUUCAGGCUUCAUUCUGUCAUGUCUGAAGGAGAUAAAGCCAACCAAAAAGAAGAAGCAGAUCAGAAUAAAGAGAGAAUCAAGAAUGAAAGCAGAGAAGGAGGAGAAACUGAAUCUGAUAUGGAUGAAGGGGGAGGCCUGACUCUACAUCUGGCACUCACAUCUUACAGAGACUUCUUAGGCACCAACUGGUCUGGUGAGGCAAGAGCGUUACAGGAAAGGGGAGCACAAGAGCAUGGGGACACUGAAGCUUACUUGGCACAUCCCCUUGGUGUAGGAGCUGCACUCCAAUGUAAAGAUGGAUGCUUUGUUCUGCUGAGGAGGAGCCACAGGGUGGGCGAGGCAGCUGGUCUGCUGGAUGUACCAGGAGGACAUCCUGAGCCUAAGGCUGUUGCUCCCAAUAUUCCUGAAGAAGAGCUGAGUUUGGAAGUUCUAAAACCUGACUUAGUCAUCGGGGAGCUGUUCUACUCCAUUCUGGCAGAGAUACGAGAUGAGGUUAACCUACCACUGUCUACCCUUAGUGAACCACUCCUUUUGGGUAUUGCCCGUAAUCACAUCAGCGCAGGGCGCCCUAGUGCUGAAUUCUAUGUCAGGUGCAGUUUGACUUCAGAAGAGGUGAAGGAAAGAUAUCUGCAAGGAGGUCUAGAGGCACAUGAAUCAACAGAAAUUAUUUUUCUAGACCGAGAGGAAUUACUGACUGUUGAAAACUCAGAAAUGUGGAAGGAGCUGUGCCCUUCAGCAAAAGGUUGUGUGAAACUUUAUCUGUUGGUGCGAGAGCAACAAUCUUAAGUUUAAAUAAACUCACGCCAACUUCAUUUGUCUUGUUCUACACAAGGAAAAGCAGAACUGAAUAUUUUAUACUGGACUUAAUUGGAAUAGGAUCUUUCAAGUGUCAUACAUAAAAAUCAUACACUUUUAUGUAGUUUUCAGAUAGUUUUGUGUGUAAUAAAGCUGUUUUUUUAACCAUA